GUGUCACGCAGAGGGAAGCGGCCCGCGGCGGAGGGAGGGGAGGCCGAGUCCUGGAAGUGGAGCUCCGCGCUGGGACUGGUUCCCUCGCAGCCAUUUUCUGUCCAACCAAACAGCCGAUUGGAGACGGGAGCCAACCAGGGCUGCAUUGGAGGUUAAAAUUGGGCAAGGAUCCAACACCUUUUGACGGGUGUUUGAGAACACCACUGAUACACAAUUCUGACGGUAUUUCAUGACAAUGGAUGGUGACGGUUCCACAACAGAUGCUUCUCAACUAGGGAUUUCCGCGGACUACAUCGGAGGAAGUCACUAUGUCAUCCAGCCGCACGAUGAUACUGAGGACAGCAUGAAUGAUCAUGAAGAUACAAAUGGUUCAAAAGAAAGUUUCAGAGAACAAGAUAUUUAUCUUCCAAUUGCAAAUGUGGCUAGGAUAAUGAAAAAUGCCAUACCUCAAACAGGAAAGAUUGCAAAAGAUGCCAAAGAAUGUGUUCAGGAAUGUGUGAGUGAGUUCAUAAGCUUCAUAACAUCUGAGGCAAGCGAACGCUGUCAUCAGGAGAAGCGGAAGACGAUUAACGGGGAGGAUAUUCUCUUCGCCAUGUCUACUCUAGGCUUCGACAGCUACGUGGAACCUCUGAAACUGUACCUUCAGAAGUUCAGAGAGGCCAUGAAAGGAGAGAAGGGCAUUGGUGGAGCGGUCUCGGCUACAGAUGGGCUAAGUGAGGAGCUCACGGAAGAGGCAUUUACUAACCAGUUACCCGCUGGCUUAAUCACUGCAGACGGUCAACAACAGAACGUUAUGGUUUACACAACGUCCUAUCAACAGGUACGGUCCGUCUGCACCUCACAACCUCAGAAGCACAUGAUAGUCACUGUGAUAAAAUGGUUUUCUCCAAAUGUAUAUUACGGUCAGAACUCCUUAAUGAGGAAAGCAUUUCCCAGCUGCUCACGUCUACAUGGAAGGUGACGUAGCU